GAAUCUCACUGAUUUCAUUCCGGAAUAUAUCAACAGUCUACGGUGAGAAAACCCCCAAGUAAGUGUACAAUUAGUAGACAAGUAGUUUAGCGACGGCCAUUUCAGAAUCGAACUAAACGGUUCCGUAUGUGUACUGCUUGCUAUAUUUGCAUUACAAACAGAAGACCGGUGUGAGGGAAGAGGGUUUAACGUUUGCUUUCACAGUAGCAUUAAAGGAUCCAUUUGGUGUUGGAACCGUCUCCGGUUAAACCGAACGGCCAAAAACAUCUAUUUUUUUAAAAUUCAAUCAAGGAAUAAUAUGUUGUUCUGCGCCUCGUAUUGUGUGCUUCUCUUGAGGUGCAGACAACGUACAACAGAGAUAAAGGAACUGUUUUACAAGGCAAUGAUGUUUGAAAAUAAUCCAGUAGGGCACUUAAAUACAUUGGGCUAAAAAUGAUACUAUGAACGCGGGUACUCAUAAAAGGGACCCUUUCUUAAAUCUACUGCCGUUAUUUUGGGAAAAGAAACACAAAAGGAAUACUUGGAAUAAGGCAAGCGAUUUGUCUACGCCUUUUCGCGGAAAGCAAGCACAUGACCCCAAAACGAAAUGGUUCAGUGAUGGUUCCAAACGUUUCCGCUACUUUUUGAUCUAUAACGCUAAAAAAACAAAAACAAGUUCAAAGUUUUCGCUGCGCCUAGGUCCAAUCAGAUGACAAUUCCAUCCCAAAACGUUUUGUGCGAAUUCCAGCUAAUUAAUUUACUACACCAGCACCAUAUGUUACUUUAACGAGAUUGUGCUCAAUGAAUAAAUCCCCACCCCCCUUUCAUCCCGUUUCCGCCCCAGGAGUUUUUUGCGGUUAAGUUUUGUAGCAAGCAUAAAAAAAGUCUUCUUAGAAAAACAUCUUUGUUGCUAUUUCCCAAAAUUCAAUAUUGUCAAGUCCCAUUAUGGCUCUUCAUAUUGUUCAUUAAACUGGGUAAAGAAUCAAUUCACGGUCAUAUUUAUUUUUGUUACAAGACAUUGAUAUGCAUGGUUAGACGAAGGCGAACAGCGGCGAGUCAAUAUGCAUUCCGCACUUGAGCACUUGAAUACAGUAGACUACAAGAAGUGUAAAUACGCCAUGCAUAUCGUAAUGCCUUCUUCUUUUGAACAAACUUCCAAAUCUGACAUUGAAACCCAGAUAAACCCAUAAACCCAUAAUUACAAGGGUUUCGAAGUUAAUACUGUGUUUGUUGUCAGUCUAAGUUCUUCAGGGCCAAAGCGAAACGGAUCAAUGUUUCAAAUUCAAAUCCGUAAUAGGUGCGCUGGUUUAAGAUAUUGUAAUGUCGAAUUGUUUAGAUUAAAGUCAGUCACGUUUCAGUGCUGGCACUUUGCAAUUACCUUACUGCCACCCAGAAAACGCCUCAGUGGGCUUAUUUUUACAAUUUUAAAUAAAAAUCCUUUCCGUCUUCGCUUAAAUAAGCUUUAGUGUCCAGAAGAUAGAGACAAUCCUUCUUUUCGGACCGGUUUUUUCACCAAUUGCUCUAUUCAUGGAAAUGGCUACAAAUGAGAUUGCAACACGUCUAAGAUUUAGUUAGGAGUUCUGCAUUUUUGUUUUUAGCGCAUGAUGCGAAACGAUUUCAACCUUUCUUUCUUGCUUUCAUUAUUUCCUUUGCCCUUCUUUCCAUCCUCCACAGACGAACAAAAAGCCUGUUUAAAAAAUACGUAAAAGAAGACUUAACUCCGUUCUUCAAAUUAAAUCAACUCCUAAACCGUGCUUGCGCUCAAGGAAAGUAUAUUUUGUAUUUGUAUCCUGAUUUUGUAUUUAUUUUGCCAUACAGAUAAAUUACAUGAUUACAAAAACAAAAAAAUACAGAGUGUAGAAAGUAAUGACGAGGAGGCCUAAAGGAAACUAUAAAGCUCAUGAUGUUAACUAGGCCUCACUAUUACAAGUUUUUGAAGAUGAACCAUACAUUACGGCGACGGAUACAAUUACUAUCAAAGGAAAUUGAUAAAAGUAACAAUAUAUUAAGGAAGUUUACAGAUGAUGAAUAUUAAACAGUUUUUUAACACGAAUUUCGGCAUGAUUUUAAUCAUGUUGCUGCACAGGUAGCCCAAGUUUACUAUAAGAACCCUGAACAACAUUAUCCUACUUAGCUGAUUAAUCGUAAAUACGACAACAGUUAUAAGACGUUGUAUGAAAAUUAUCCGAUUUCUCCAUAACUGAGCGAAACGUACUUUAAAUUUUUCCUUUUAGUAUUUUGUUACAUUUAUUUGUGUGUUGACUGCGUUUCAGACCUCUCAGGAUGCCAAGAACCCGAAAACAACACUACCCAUCAAGCUAAUUAAUUAUUCGUACAGCAGGAAAAUUAUAAGACGUUGUAUGGAGAAAUAUUCUUUGCUCACUAAAUUAGCAAAGUGUCAUUGAAUAUCGCUUUGAAGCUCACCUUUAACGUCUAAUUGCUUUUCUUUAUAUUCUGACUGUAUCUCAGCCCUCCUAGGCACUAUUUAAUGCCUAUUUUUGAUCGACCGUUUUUCACCCAGAUGACCGUAGAGAGAAGAGAAGAGAAGGUUGGCAAACCUCUCUUGACCGGCUCCGCUCUCGGCGGCGAUAAAUUCCGGGUUCUCAUAGUAAGCUUGGGCUACCUGUGGUUGCUGCAAUUCACAUCAGUGCCUCAACCAUAGUCGACUUCCUUAUCAUAUGUCUCUUAAAAGAUCUUUGAUUCUAUUCUUAAAAUGCAAAAACGAGCGCAAGUUUAAAAGUAAAGCAUUUUACGUCACCUAUUUUCGCGUUUUCGAGCAACAUAUUUUUUUCCUUGUUGGCGUAGAUUGAAAAGUUUCUCAAAAUACUCAUCCAAGGAACACCUGCUAUACUUUGUAAAUGAGACUUUGCUGAUUGACAUCGAUCGACUUAACAACAAUUUAGAACAACAGAAGUUAUUUUGCUUAAAUCAUAUUAAGAGAUCCUUUAUUUCUUUUCCCUACAUGUACAACGUUCAUCAAGUUGUUUCUUGUUCCUUGAUUUAUUUUUCCAAAGGUUCCAAGCCUCAGCGUUUUCUCACACAUGGCCCUUUCAAAGAACUACACCGAAGAACAGCUGAACUACUUCAGAAUUUGUUAUAUAACCACUGAUAUACUAGCCGAAGGCCUCAGAGAGCUUUUUAAACGUGAAUGGGACAAUCAAUAUAAAUCAACACCAUUAGCAGAAUGGAAAGAUGUGGCCCAGAAUGGAAGGGACUUUUACAACGGCGAGUCUCCAAAAAAUCAAAGAAGAAAUGCUCGUCUUUUGGCCACCAUGAUAAAUGGAAACAGAGCGGAAUGGGAUUGCACAAUGCUGUUUUACGCCAUCCUUUACUCUGGUUGUGUCGGGCCCUACCUUGCAUCAACAGUCAGAAACAAUGUGGAUGAUCUUAGAAAAUUUAGAAACGAGGAAUUCGCCCACAUACUACAGGGAAGUCUCCCUGAGAUAGAUUUUCAGAAUGCCGUUGGCAAAGUUGAAGUUGCGUUCGAUGCGCUUGGUCUCUCUACUGUAAAAAUUGAUGAGAUAAAAAAUCAGAGAACUUUCCCAACGGACGAAUUAGAUAACAUUCUGAAAGAGGUUGACGAUGUUAGACAAGAACUUCAAGAAAAAGAGAAACAGCGCCAGGUUCUUGAAGACCAGCUUCAGAAAGAAGCGCCUUCAUUCUGUAGUCUCCCUCCUAAACCUACACACGAAAUUGAAAGCCGUGAAUGGGAAGUAGCAGAAAUAGCACAUCAGCUAAAGGAACUAAAGAAGGCCAACGAGAACAGGUUGAGUUAUCUGUACAUCUCAGGGAAUCCCGGAAGUGGCAAAUCACAACUAGCUGGCCUCGUAGCUGAAAGAUUCUUUGAUGAAGUAAAAGAAAUACCAGGCACUUCCUUUGUGAUGACCAUAAACGCUGCCAGUCAAGAUUCACUCUUGAAGUCAUAUGCCAGUUUUGCUCGUCAGUUAAAGUGCCCAGAAUUUUCAGUGAUUCAAACCUUGAGCUCCAAGGAUUGUAACAUUGAGGACAAGAUUACCAAUCUCAAGAUGCUUAUUGCUGCAAAAAUUGGGUGUUACACGUCGUGGCUAAUGGUGGUGGACAAUGUGACUAAACUGACUUUUGUACAUGAUUACCUACCACAGUCUGGAACCGAGACGUGGGCAAGAGGUCAGUUGUUAAUUACAACCCAGGAUACAAAGUCCAUCCCAUUAAGAAACUCUUUUAUCAAUCACAUUUCAGUGAGCCAAGGAAUGAAUCCUUACGAUGCCACUUCCUUGUUGGCCAAGCUUUCUGGGGUCCCCGACAUAGAACUAGCAGAAAACGUUGCCCGGAAACUGGACUAUCAGCCACUUGCUUUAGCAGGCGCGGCUGUGUUUGUCAAAGACAUUCGACAGGACAAAGCAUCGAAGCACUUUGGCUGGGACGAAUACCUAAAGAUUUUACAAGAAGGAAAACGAGAAACGACCGAGGAUACCCUUGCUGACACCAACCCAAUUUAUCCAAAUACGAUGACUACAGCAAUAACGUUAGCUGUCGAAGCACAAGUCAAAUCCGACAAGAUUUUUGAACACCUAAUCAGAUUUCUUUCCCUGUGCGCACCACAACCAUUAAACGUUGACAUAGCGGUUAGUUACCUUUUAAACGUUCUCGAACACGAUGAUAAAGAGGACAAGGAACAAAUUCGCAGGAGAUUCAGAAGAUGUUCACUGCUUCUUUUAGAGGAAGAAGGAGAUAGUUGCUGCUACAUUCGUGUACAUCAGGUUGUGCACGACGCAAUGAAAUGGGUGAUGAGUGACUGUACAGAGAAUCAAACGAUGAAGGUUGUAAGUGAAGCUGUUACAUCGUUUAACAAAUUUAUAGUCACAAUUCCACACGAAAAUAGAACGAUGGAGACCAUGCACAUCAUUCCGCACGUAAGUGCCCUAAUUGUACCAAUUGAUAAAGUAAUUAUGACAGGAAAUAUGUCUCAAGUCCAUGUUCAGGACAUUUCUGAAAAAUUGUCGAAUCUUGGCAACAUAUGUAAAAUGCACUGUGAAUUUAACGUGGCAAAGACAUACUUUGAAAACUCUCUCGCUGUUCGCAUCAGGCUGUUGGGUGACCAAAAUGUCGAUGUUGCAUCUGGGUGCAAUGACUUAGCUCUAAUUCACCUGGACUUAGGUGACCUUGAACAAGCAAAGGAGUAUCAAAAAAAAGCUUUAGCCAUCCAACUCAAGAAGCUUGGUGCUGAACAUAUUUGGGUUGCAACCAGCUACAGUAACCUAGCUGUAAUUCAACAGGACUUAGGUGACCUUGAACAAGCAAAGGAGUAUCAGCAACGUAGUUUAGCCAUUCAACUCAAGAAGCUUGGUGCUGAACAUGUUUCUGUUGCAACAAGCUACAAUAACCUAGCUACAAUUCACCAAACCCUCGGUGACCUUGAGCAAGCAAAGGAGUAUCAGCAACUUGCUUUAGCCAUCUUUCUUAAGAAGCUUGGUGCUGAACAUGUUUCUGUUGCAACAAGCUACGGGAGCCUAGCUUCAAUUCACAAGCACUUAGGUGACCUUAAACAAGCAAAGGAGUAUCAGCAACGUGGUUUAGCCAUCGAACUCAAGAAGCUUGGUGCUGAACAUGUUUCUGUUGCAUUAAGCUACGGUAACCUAGCUUCAAUUCACAAAGCCUUAGGUGACCUUGAACAAGCAAAGGAGUAUCAGCAACGUGGUUUAGCCAUCGAGCUCAAGAAACUUGGUGCUGAACAUGUUUCUGUUGCAAUAAGCUACGGUAACCUAGCUUCAAUUCACCAGGACUUAGGUGACCUUGAACAAGCAAAGGAGUAUCAGCAACGUGGUUUAGCCAUCGAACUCAAAAAGCUUGGUGCUGAACAUGUUUGUGUUGCAACAAGCUACGGUAACCUUGCUUUAGUUUACAGGGCCUUAGGUGACCUUGAACAAGCAAAGGAGUAUCAGCAAAGUGGUUUAGCCAUCCAACUCAAGAAGCUUGAUGCUGAACAUUUUUUUGUUGCAACAAGCUACGGUAACCUAGCUUUAAUUCACCAGGACUUAGGUGACCUUGAACAAGCAAAGGAGUAUCAGCAACUUGCUUUAGCCAUCCAACUCAAGAAGCUUGGUGCUGAACAUAUUUCUGUUGCAACAAGUUACGGUAACCUAGCUUUAAUUCACCAGGACUUAGGUGACCUUGAACAAGCAAAGGAGUAUCAGCAACGUGGUUUAGCCAUCCAACUCAAAAAGCUUGGUGCUGAUCAUGUUUCUGUUGCAACAAGCUACGGUAACCUAGCUUCAAUUUACCAGGACUUAGGUGACCUUGUACAAGCAAUGGAGUAUCAGCAACGUGGUUUAGCCAUCCAACUCAAGAAGCUUUUGUAA